AUGUCAUUGACAAAGGCCCAAUGGGACUGUAGCCACCUCCGGGCAGACACUGAGGAACGUGAGCCUCUUUACCUGUAUUACAAGCUAGUAGCUCAGAGCUGUGGGCCCAGAGGCUGGGUCAUUCACCUGCGCCUCCCAGGAAGAUUAGCCCGGGUUGGAACGGAGAAGGCGGUGCCUGAGCGCCACGCCGCGGGGCUGUCGGCCAAGCCUGCGCCUGACAAAGUGGACGGGAAAAGGCCGCUGGAAAGGAUAAAGCAUCAGACAAAAAAAGUGCAAGUAAAAGGGAAGAGAGGAGCAAAGGGCAAACAGGCUGAAGUGGCCAACCAGAAAACUACAGACCUCCUGCAGAAAACGGAGAGACGGGAAAACCGGAGUCCAGCCUCUGGGGUAGAAGAGAAAGAAGCCAAGUCUGACUAA